GUAUACUAUUCAAUUUUCUACAAACUAAAACUGAUUUUAAUCAUCAAAACGAUUAUGCAGCGGCUUUUGUCAAUCUCCAUAAAAACAAACUCCAGCGUGAUUUUAAAACGAAUCAAAUUGAAAAAGAAGCGGAACUUCUUCCUAUGUUUUUUUGCGUGUCUCGUAUUUUACUUCCUGUACAAGGCAACCCCCUUGACUGACCCUCACAGUCCUCUGUUCCACAACGUCAUAGUCCACUUGGACCUAAAGGGCGCUCCCCCUAAGUUGGUUUAUUUACAGACGAACUUCUUACGUUUCCUGACGAUGUUCCGAGUGAAUGCUAUACUUGUUGAAUACGAGGAUAUGUUUCCUUUCACGGCGAAACUGAUUAAUGUUAGCUCUCCAUACUGCUAUGGAAAACUAACGCUCAAGCGUUUCUUCGAUGCGGUCUUCUUCUCCAACAUGGACGUAAUCCCGCUGAUACAGACCUUCGGUAACCUGGAGUACCUGUUGAAGCACCCGGAGCUCGCUCACCUGAGGGAGAACCCUGGGUCCGCAGAUACCAUCUGCCCGAAUCAUCCUGGGAGUAUGAAGGUGCUGAAGAAUGUUAUCGUGCAGAUCAUGGAUUUUCACAAAAAACUGGGUCCUAUACAAUACGUUCACAUUGGAGGAAACGAAGCCUUACAUAUAAAUGAAUGCGAUCGAUGUAGGAAGACCAAUAUGUCGAGAUUGGCCCAAUAUCAAAAGCACAUACAAACAGUUGUGUCUAUAAUUAAGGAACAUAGUCCAAACACAAAAGUAAUGAUGUGGGACAAUCUGCUCCGCGGCGCUAAUAAAGAUGAAAUCGUCAAACUUCCCGUUGAAAUUGUAGUCUGGGAAGGCGAGCCAGAGGUUAAGGCUACACCUUCAGAAUUAACAGAACUCAUGACGCACUAUAACGAUUACUGGGUAGCUUCAUCGUACAAAUGCGCGGAUGGCGAAGCCUCAUUAUUCCCCUUAAUGGAGCAAAGAUUCAAGAACCAUUACAACUGGAUGAGGGUGGUAGCUUCCAUGCCAGCUCUAGACCGUCCCAAAGGCAUCAUCCUCACAGGGCCAGCUCGAUACAGACAUUCUGCGCCCGUUUGCGAGCUCCUCCCGAUAUCGAUCCCUAGCAUUGCUUUAAAUCUUGUCACUGUCACGUCCUUUGAUGCCCAGAUAAACUUGAACCGCACUAAAGACUGGAAGCAGUAUUACUUCGAGCAUAUUCACCCUUACCUGGGCAAUUACAUCAAUAUUGAAUCUUUGUUCAGUUUGUUUAAGAGGGAUGGCUACUGUCAUGCUCAGUAUCUCGGAACGGAAAUAGCGGAUAGUCUUCGCUUGUUCUACGGAAUCGAAGAUGGUUUGAAGAACUAUGAUGUCCAGGGAUAUCCUGGUAACAAGACAGAAUUGUUUACUAAGAUGAAUAAUACUAUUGAAAGAUAUAGAACAAAGGUUUUAACAGACUUACUUGAAGUUUUUAAAGAAGAGGUUGCUAAGGAUUAUUUGAGUUAUUUUGUGGAGCAUCUCAAUCAAAUUCUGAACGAAAGAAUGAUUCAAGAAGAAAAACUCUUGCAUCUAAACAAUACAAUGUGAUUUAUGUGAUGUUUAUGAUUAUAUGAUUGGUGUUAUAAAACUUGCAUAAUUAACUUUAAAUUACAUUUUA